GAAUGCGCGUAUGUGACAGCGACGUGUAGAACGCAAGACUGCCUCGCAGGAUCCGAUGCGCGGCCGCUUAGGGCCGGCUACUAUCGAUAAGUUCCGACGGAUGUUCCGAUGAACUCACCACUCUAAUCCAAAGCCGCCCUCUGACUUGGAUACUGCGCUGUUCAGGCCACAUUACAACCAUAUCACGACACAUCUCAUCUCCCAUCAAUAUGGCCAAAGUUGAGGGCGCGCCAGCACACGGUGCUGUAGCCCACCUCCUACCACAAACGUACAAGCGAUUGGUCUCGGAAUGGCUCGAGGAGGACACACCGAGCUUCGAUUAUGGUGGCUUCGUUGUGGGCGAGGAAAUAUCUGAGGCGAAAUUGCUAGGGAAAAGUGAAGGCAUAGUUGCAGGCGUCCCCUUCUUCGAUGAAGUCUUCCGGCAACUGGGCUGCACUGUGGAAUGGCACGUCAAAGAAGGUGCCUCUUUCCAACCUGUAACUCACUGCGCCACGGUACGCGGCCCUGUCCGCCACCUCCUUCUCGGUGAGCGAGUGGCUCUCAAUACGCUCGCCCGUUGCUCCGGUAUCGCCACCAAGUCUAAUCGUCUACUUACCCUUCUACGUGGAGCUGGCUACCCAAAUAUUCUCGCCGGUACCAGGAAAACUACACCAGGUUUCCGACUCGUGGAAAAGUAUGGCAUGCUAGUGGGUGGUGUGGAUGCGCAUCGAGUUGACCUGAGCGCGAUGACGAUGCUGAAAGACAACCACAUCGUCGCUGCAGGAAGCAUCACCAACGCCGUAAGAGCUGCUAAAGCGGCGGGUGGUUUCGCAAUCAAAGUUGAAGUCGAAUGCCAAUCAUUCGACGAAGCAGAUGAGGCUAUCGCCGCUGGUGCUGACAUCGUCAUGUUGGACAACUUCACUCCUGAGGGUGUUCAGGUCGCUGCCAAAGACCUGAAAGACAAAUGGGGGCGAGGUACUGGAGAUAGGAAACAAUUCCUUGUCGAAGUAAGCGGUGGGCUUACGGAAUACAACGUCGAAAAGUAUGUCUGUGGGGAUAUUGACAUUGUAAGUACAAGCAGCAUACACCAAGGAGUACCUCAUGUGGACUUCAGCUUGAAAAUUGUACCGAAGAGUAAGAAAGACGACAUGCGCUCAAGAAUACUCAUUACUACGGUGCUGGCCGCCCUGAGCAACGCCCACGAAGAUCACCAGAGUGAAGGCGGGCAGUACACACUGACCGACGACCUCACUUACAAAAAGUUCUUCUCCGCCUUUGACUUUUUCGACGGCCCAGAUCCAACCAAGGGUUUCGUCAAGUACCAGAACCAGGAGAAUGCGAUCAAGCAAGGUCUAGUUGGCUACCUCGAGGAUACACAGUCCGUGUUCAUGGGCGUUGAUUACACGACCAAGGACACUGCUGGCCGCGCUUCCGUUCGCCUUGAGAGCAAAAAAAGCUGGAACCAUGGCCUGCUCGUAGCGGACAUCCGCCAUAUGCCCGCCUCUCAAUGUGGGUCUUGGCCGGCCUUUUGGCUUUUGUCGUCCUCGGCAGACUGGCCCCAGGGUGGGGAAGUGGACAUCCUCGAGGGCGUGAACGACUACGAAAGUAACUCUGUUACCUUGCAUACAACCACGGGUUGCAUGGUUGAUAACUCGACAUCAGCAGGAGGAGGAUCUGGUGUAGCCGGCGAUAUCGAAGCGGCACCAUUCACUGGUCUUAUGUCUACAGACGAUUGCGAUGUUGCUGCACCAGGUCAGCUCAAGAACGUCGGAUGCUCUAUUCAUGCUCCCGAAAUCAUGUCUGGUAUCCAAACUGGUGGUAGCGGUAACACUGACACCGGCGGUGCUGUGCCUCUUCCCUCGUACGGAACGGAAUUUAACAAAGCUCAAGGCGGUGUCUACGCUAUGGAAUGGAGCACCAUUGGAAUCUCGGUUUGGUUCUUUCCUCGUGAAUCUCACGGCUUCACUGAAAAUUUCUCUUCAAACACAACCCUUCCCGACCCAUCUCGCUGGGGCACACCUAUAGCCCACUUCAGCGGUUCCGGUUGCGACUUCUCUGAGCGCUUCCGAGAUCUUAAAAUCAUCUUUAAUAUCGCUUUUUGCGGUGAAUGGGCAGGCGCUGAGCGGGACAAGUCUUGUGCCAAAAAGACUGGGGUUGCAACCUGUAAUCAGUAUGUUCGCGAUAAUCCUGAGGUAUUUAAGGAGGCAUACUGGGAGGUUGCUGGGUUGAAAUGGUUCCAGAAGGGUGCUACGCAGAAGCGUGCUUAUACUCCGGUGACAAAUUUCAAGGCGCAAAGUGAGUAG